UGUUAUUUUCAGCACACAGUUUCCCUUUCACGUUCUUUUCUUCUAAUUUUAUACUUCCAUCGUGCAGCAAUGGCCCUGCUUCAAGAUAACCCAUCGUGGCUCUGUGGGAGGAAUUCCACUGAGGGCUGGGGCCCGCUGAGUCCAGAUCGAAUGGACUUCACGCUCUGCUACGAAUACAGUAUCUUUUACGGAGCUGUCGCAACCGCGGCCUUUUUAGUGUUCUUCUUGCGUAUCCACCAUCUCCGCACCACACGCCGACCGCACAAUCUGGGGCAAGCAGCAUGGAUCUAUUGGCUGACCCAGUCGUUUAUGUUAUUGGCCAGCAUCUCCAUGUUCGCUCAAGCGUUCACCGGCAUUCUGUCCGCAGACCCUUCUUUAAUGCAAAUCACUGGUACCAUCGCUAUGGGUUCAGCAUGGUUAUGCGCAUUGCUGGUAAACUACAGUGAGCACAAGUACACAAUCCGAUCAUCCAACUCGCUGUUCAUCUUCUACCUAAUCUCAAUUUUCGGAGCAGUCUUAGUCACACACACCCACUUCAGGCUGGACUCUUCAACGCAGAUAGAGCUCUAUCUCAGCAUCGCAUUCCUCAUAUUCCUCAUCUUUGGGUUCGUGGUCGAGGCAUGGCCGCGGGGAUCAACAGGAGUACAACAGGCCAGCGAUGCACAAGCGUUCGACAAAGCCAAUUUGUUCUCCCAGUUGACCUUUCAUUUCUUUCAGCCAAUCAUCUCCCUCGCGGCUAAAAAGCAGAUGCUUCAGCCUUCAGAUAUUGCUAGCCAGCUGCCAGAAUCGUACAGUGCAGAAGUGGGAUACACUCGGUUGUCAGCACGCUGGAAUGAGCGAAUUCAAGGAUAUUAUGAAAAAUUGCGUGCAGCAGAACGCGGACCCAACGCGGAGGAAGAGAUUAGAAAGAUCAAGAAGCCUUCGCUACUUGCAACCAUCCUAAUAACCCAUUGGAAGGCACUCGUCCCUGUGGUCAUCAUAAGGAUUGCGAUCCCGUUCACAGAAUACUUGGCGCCUGCACUGUUGGGUCUUCUCCUGGAUUACGUUCAAGGCCCUGACGAAAACAUGGAGGAACCCUCAGCGCUCCCAUUGUCGCGAUCAAACGAGGAAAAACCGCUGCUGUAUGGUGUUGCGGUUGUGAUCGCUAUCUUUGUUGUCCGAUCGAUCGUCCCCAUGCUGUAUUCGUACGUUAUCCGGGACAUGUAUCUAAUCAGCUGCGAGAUCAAGUCAAGCGUGGUGGCCAUGAUCUACCGCAAGGCUCUCAAGCUUUCCCCAGACGCUAGACGCAAGUCUUCCACGGGAUCUAUCAUCAAUCAUAUGUCGGUAGAUGCGGCUUUGUGGGAGGAAGGUGUCGAUGAGCUGUCCAUCUGGGCCAGUCUUCCCUUUGAUUUUGGUAUCUGCCUAUUCAUGUUGUACCGACUCCUAGGGUGGAGCUUCUUGGCCGGCUUGUUCACGAUCCUGGCGCUUGUGCCCCUGCAGAUUUGGCGCGCUGGUGCUAUUGAGCGGCUGGAGGAAGACCGUCUCAAGGCGACAGACGAGCGAGUUCGCAUGACAUCCGAGGUUCUUUCCAGCUCAAAAGUCGUCAAACUGUAUGGAUGGGAGUCUACCUUCAGGCGCAGGAUUUUGGGAUCCAGGGCCAAGGAGUUGGAUGUUUUGAGACGUAUGGGUAUUUUGGAAGCGAUCAUGAGCGUGGUCUUUGCAUCGAGUUCUAUCAUUGUGGGCCUACUGACGUUCACUGUCUAUGUGACAAUCGGUAACGGCGUAUUGACACCCAAGAUUGUAUUUGUCAGCUUGAGUCUAAUGGAUCUGCUACACGAACCAGUUAGUCGAAUGGCUGAGGGAACAUCAUCGACCAUAGCUUUGAUUGUCGGAAACAAGCGUAUUCAACGAUUCUUACUCAGAGAGGAGAUUGACGAUACACAAGUCAUUCGUGAAGAAUGCAGUAGUAACAGCACUGAGAAUGUGGUUGAGAUUCGGGAUGCGACCCUAUCCUGGACAUCAGGAAAACAGCUUGAGGAAGACCCUGAAGAGGACGAGGAGAGCGAGCAGGACGAGCAUGGUCAAGGCACCCCCGAUCGUCAGCGCUUGUUAUCGGAGCAAUAUGAUGUAGCAAAUAGGAAUAAUGGCCAACCCCCACGACCAGUCCUUCAAAAAAUUAGCCUCGCCGUACGGGAAAAGACAAUAACAGCCAUUGUCGGCCGAGUCGGACAGGGCAAGUCCUCACUCUUGAGUGCGAUUAUUGGCGAGAUGUACAAGCUGGAGGGCUCAAUCAGCAUCCGGGGCAGAAUCGCAUACGUGCCACAGCAGGCCUGGAUCCUUAACGCAACACUAAGAGAUAAUAUCCUGUUUGGGAAUGAUUUUGAUCCUAUCCAAUACCAGCAAGUUCUCUAUGCUUGCGGGUUGGAGCCCGAUCUGGUGAUUCUGCCUGCAGGCGAUCUCACUGAAAUUGGGGAGCGAGGCAUCAAUUUAUCGGGUGGCCAGAAACAGCGCGUCUCAUUAGCAAGAGCAGCCUAUGGCGGCGCGGACGUAUACCUCCUGGAUGACCCCUUGAGCGCUGUGGAUGCACAUGUGGACCGACAUUUGUGGGAUAACUUGAUCGGACCACACGGUAUACUCAAGGACAAGACUAGGAUCCUGGUCACCCAUGGCAUCCAUCAUCUGGAACACGUCGAUCAGAUUAUCGUCAUGAAGGACGGAGAGAUCGCCGAGCUGGGCAAGUACGAGGACCUCAUGUCCGCACAGCGAUCGUUCUACCAGCUGAUCAAGGAGUACUCCACAAAGCAAGCACGGAAGCGCAGGGGUAACCACGCGGUACCAUCAGCUGAAGCAGCGGGAGAAAGCCAUACUGAUGCACAGCAGCCCUCCUCUAUCAAGGCAAUCAUUGAUGACAUAUCCAGUGAGAAUUCUGUUGAGGACAUAUCAGGAGGAAGCAUGGUCGGUUCGGACAGCGCAACGGUUGAGGACGACAACAGUCAAGACCUUAAGAGGAUUACCAGCAAGGACCAGACCGGAAAGACGGAUGACUUGGAUCAGGAAGAGGACGAACUCAUUGCGGAAGAGAUCAUGAAGAAGGGCGGCAUCGAAUGGAAGUUGAUCAAGAGCUAUGCCAGGGCGUGCACGGUCAGGCUUGCUGUGGUAAUCAUCUUGAUCAACAUUGUCACCCAAAUCUGCACAGUCGGCGUCAGUUUAUGGCUGAAGCAUUGGAUCUCCAAGACCAAAGAGGAGCUCCAGGCGUCUUUGGCCUUAUUUUUGGGUGGAUAUGCUGCUAUGACAGUGCUUUAUGUCGUGGGCUAUGUCGUUUUUGUACACCUUGCCCUGGCUGUGGCCCGUAUUCGCGCAUCAGAGCUGAUCCACCGACGGCUCCUUACGACCAUUAUCAGAUUGCCAAUGAGUUUCUUCGAUACGACGCCCAUCGGUCGCAUAGUAAAUCGCUUCUCCUCGGACAUGUUCAGUAUCGACGAGCACCUCCCUUGGAAGUUCAUGGAUCUGAUAUAUCUCGUUAUCUCCGUGGUGGUGACCACCACAAUCCUCGUCCUGACUACGCCGGUCUUUGCGUUCAUGAUCCCAGUUAUCGUGGUCGUAUAUUAUCUUAUCCAACAAUAUUUCCUGUGGGCUGCAAGGUCUCUCAAACGCAUCCGCUCUGUCUCGAUCUCGCCUCUUUAUCAGCAUUUUGAUGAGACUCUGAACGGAGUUUCGACAAUCCGUGCCAUGGGGGUGCAGCAGCAAUUCAUCGAGGAGAACGCCAAGCGGAUAGAUUACAACGCCAAUGCCUUCACUGCGUAUCAAUCCUGUGAUCGUUGGGUGGAGUUGCGUCUGCAAAUCCUGGGGGCGGGCAUAAUUUUUGUGGUAGCGCUCUCGGGGGUCUUUACUCGCUACACGGUUGAUCCCAGUCUACUCGGUCUGUCGCUGAGCUUCGCAUUGGACGUGAUAGACAGCAUCAUGUGGCUGUGUAGAGACUACUCAUCCUGGCAAUCGCAUGUCAUCGCCAUCGAGCGUGUCCAGGAGUAUACGGAUAAAUGCACUGAGGCGCCAGAGGAGACAGAUACAGUCGUGUCAGAGCGCUGGCCAGAUCAGGGUCGUAUCGUAUUCAAAGACUAUUCGACGAGGUACCGCGAGGGUCUAAAUCUGGUCAUUAAGCACCUGACGUUUGAAGUCUUUCCGGGAGAGAAGAUUGGAAUCGUAGGUCGCACGGGUGCCGGAAAGUCGUCCCUGACAUUUGCCUUGUUUAGGAUCAUCGAGGCAGCGAACAGUUACUGGGCACGAGCAAGCGACAAUACUGGAUAUCAUUCGCAAAGAACACAAGAAGGCGGUUUUGAGACGGAUCCUCUUCUUGGCAGAUCGGUAACAGGCCAUCAUCAUCGUCCAGACGAGGAAAUCGACGGCGGAUCUAUUGAAAUUGACGGAAUCAACAUCUCGACCUUAGGCUUGACAGAGCUUCGGAAACACUUGGCCAUCAUCCCACAGGACCCGACUCUCUUUGCAGGCACGGUCCGCGAUAACCUUGAUCCCUUCCGGGAGGUGCCUGAUUCAGACCUCUGGGAGGCGCUUGAGCGAGCUCAUCUGAAGGACUACAUCUGCAGCUUAUCCGGCGGACUAUCUGCGGAGGUUGCACAGAACGGCGAGAAUUUUUCGGUCGGGCAGCGAUCGCUGAUCUGCCUUGCACGUGCGUUGCUCCGAAAAUCAAAGAUUCUGAUUUUGGACGAAGCGACAGCAGCAGUGGAUGUGGAGACAGACGAGCUGAUCCAGAGGACAAUCUGCCAGGAGUUCAAGGAUCGGACAGUGCUGACGAUCGCGCACAGGAUUAAGACUGUGAUGGAUUCUAGCAGGAUUUUGGUGAUGGAGCAGGGCGAGGUAGCGGAAUUUGAUGCACCAGGGAACUUGCUGCAGAAUCCCGAGUCGUUGUUCUUUAAGCUGGCACACCAGGCGGGGGAAGUUACGAUGUAGCUGCCAUUGAGGAUGUGCAAGUCUUGUUAUUAUAUAUCUUAUAUAGAAGGGGAUGCUGUCGAUUUCAUUGUGAACAUGGCAAUGGAGCUAUGCGUAUGAAGAUCUUAGAGCUCAAGGUUUUUGUGUAAGGAUUGUUCAAAUCGCACGGACUUCAUUGCAUUCUAUUAUGACUCAGUCAAUCGACCGUUCUAAAUAAUACUCCCCACUCUAGAUCAGGACCCGCUGAAAAACUCAACGGCGGCCUUACACUGACACACUGACCAAGCGGCGUGAAAUGUAGUACAUGUACAAAAUUACUACAUUUAAUCCGCAGCAAGAGGAUUGAUAAGGAGCCCCGGCAGCAACAUUUGUUCUUUGUACGUGGACGUGGUCAGCUCCCAUCCAGGAAGAUAGAUGUGAC